AUGUUGAGCAUAAUCAAGUGGCUCUUAUCGAGGAUAGAGACUGUGGGUUUCGAUGAAAUCCACCUACAAACGUUGUAUGAGUUGGUUAAAGCAAAUUCCCGAUCUGAGAACGAGGAAGCAAGUAAUGAAAGUUUCCUCACGUUUCGAGGAGUCUUGCUUCUUGUUGGAAACGAUAUUGUUGCGACAAUCAAGAAAUUCCCCAAGUGGAGAGAGAAUAAAGUGGCUGCGAAAACUUGUGAGCUUGUCAGCUCAUGCAUAACAAUUCGACCAACGGUCGAAGACAAAAGUCCAAUUCUUUCGGAAACCGACAUGGGAGAUCAACUCAAGACCUCGAUUUUAAAAGUUGUUAAGGGCGAGGACGAACAGUUGAAAACUGUUGCGUCGGUUAUACAACGUAUUGAGACCAGUGCACUUAUCAACUACCUUGAAUCUGAGAUUGCAAUGUAUGAAAAGUCUGUUAAUAGCAGUGAAGAUAUACGGGUGUUUGUUCAUCUAAUUGUGUUUCUUCAGGUAACCAACACUAUCAAAACCAACAGUGAGAGAUCCUCGUGGCUCGCAAUGUACGAAAAUAAUGCUGAUAAGAAGUCAUACCCUGGUGAGUUUGACAACUCUUUUAGCCCAUCAUUGGAAUGGCACUAUUCGAGUAUUUUCAACAGCAAUACCGACCACGACAUGGAUGAUGACCUUUUUAUGGAAGAUGUUAAGAAUGAGAAUAAUAAGAUGUUGACGACAAUUGUCCUUGAACAGAACAAGAGUUCAGAGUUUUUAUAUCAGUUGCUGAUAGCAAGAGAUUCGACCAUACUGAGGUUUCUUCAUGAAUUCACCAAAGAUGAAAUCAAAACAUUUGUCACAGGAACUGUUUAG